AUCACGUAGCAUCAGUUCAUUCAUGAUAUUUGCUUCGUUGUAUAUUGAUAAUAGAAAUGAACAAAAUUAAUUGUUAUAACUAAAUUCUAAUGUUGCAUAAAUAAUUUUAACCAAAAAAUGACACGAAACAUACUUAAAGUUACUAGUAAUGUUAUAAUAGGGAAUCAGGAAUGUUGGCAGUUAAGUCAAUAGUUCCUAGAGAAAAGAGUCAUCUGAAUGAAAAUCUAAAUCAUCUUUUCACAGUAAGAGCAGACGAUUUUUUAACGAGUAAGCAACGUGUUCCAUCGGUUUUUCUGAAGCGGGAGAAUGCACGUUAUUGGGGUCGACGGUCGUGUCGUCGGCUACUUGUUUUGCUUUCUAAUACUCCAAGCAAAACUCACAAACUCGCGAACUUCUUGGAGGCUCAGUGCUGAUAAAAUCGUUAAGACAACAGACUUUGUGAGUACAGUGGAAGAUGAUCCUAUUUUUGAUAUCUUGGCGAGUAGCGUCAGUGUCGGUAAUGGACAGAGCUGGAGUAGAACUGCUAUUUCUGACAAACAUGAAAAAGUACAAUCUUAUUGUCAAGACUGCAAAAAUGUUCUUUCUGGAAACCAUGAACGACGAUUCUCGUCAUACGUGUUGAAAGAUACUCCAAAUGCCACUGAACCUUUUACUCUAUCAUCUCAAACGUCGGGUGAGCAAGUCAUAUGUACUUCUGGCCAACAAUGCGAGGACAUAAUCUUGGACUGUGGAAAGCCUGUCAAUUUCACCUAUUAUGACAACUUGCUUGGUGUUGCCAAUAGAGAUAAACAUCCAUUGGUUCCAGAACCUAAUGUAGCACUCAUGUUUAAAAAGAAUGGUGGUAAAACUAUGGACGUUGAUAUUGAUUUAUUAGAAAAACGAUUAAUAAAGGCUAAACGAGAGAAACCAAAAUCGGUACAGCUUUAUAAUCAAAUAGGAAAUUUCUGGCGCAUAAAAGGGGAUGCACAAAGAUCAAUUGAGUGUUUUCGAAGGGCACUUGCAGUAUCACCACAUAAUGCAGAAGUUCUGUUAAAUUUGGCUAGAGUAUUAUUGGUACAACAAUAUUUAGAUGAUGCAACAUAUUUAGCAAGACGUUCUUUGGAAUUGCAACCCCCAGAUCGUAAUGCAUGGGAACAAUAUCUUACACUUGGUCAAAUAUUUAAGGCAUAUGGCCAUUACCAAGAAGCAGCUAUACACUUGCGACAUGCUUUAGAAUUAAAACCAGAUCUUUCUGAAGCUGCUGAAGCUCUAAGAGAAGUAGAAUCGCUUCCGGCUGCGAGCAUACAUAUCUAUACAUUACUGAUAAUCAUAUGUUUGGUGCUUGGAGUACUAUUAGUAGUUUUAAGCAACGUGGAGUGCGACGAAGAUUCUAGUCUAGUCAGUGGACAACUUCAACGUCCAGUACAACGUCAUUUUAGUCGUGCUAUGGCCAUGCGAAGUUUAAGGCUUAACGUUGCUCGUAAUAAACGUUGUUGAUAAUUUACUGAGAUAAAUAAUCUUGUGAUAGAAUAAAAUUUCCAACUGAUGUUAUCAUUUAUCUAUCUCUGAAGUAUUAUUUGUAAUAAUUCUUUAGUGUAUUAAUAAUUAUGCAAUUUAUUAUAACUACGAACGGAAAUAUACAAUAGAAAACAAUAAUAUUUUUCAUUUACUGUAACGAGACAAAUUACAUUGUGUAUGUGCGCGCGUGCGCGUGUAUACAUCUAUACACAAGGAUGUGUGUUUCGUAUAAUUUCUUUAUAAAUUAGGAACGGAAUGUAACUUAUGGAAUUGAAACAUAUUUUUUCUGAUACACUAAAUAUUAACAUACAUGUUAUUAACAACAUUACUUAGCAUCAUUUACAAUGUACAAUGAUACUAGGCUAUAUAAGUAAUUUUCUCUCUUAUUCUAACCAUGCAAGAAGAUCUAAUUUUUGUAUCUGUAAAUAAUUUACAGUCACACAAUUUAGAAUAUAAUAAUAUGUACAUGAAACAGUUAACUCUUUCCAUUCUUGCGAAUGAAGAUAUGUAAUAAAUUUAUUCUUUCUUGAUUACUUUGGAUAUAGAUUAGAUCUUUGCAUUUAAUUAUAUAUUUCUUCAUUUUUUUUCUAACAAUGUUUUAAAUGUAAAACAGAUUUGUUUUACAUUUCUUUAUCCGUUUUAAUGCGUUAAAGCACAUCAUUUUUACAAGCUUUUCUUCUAAACCUUAAUUAUUCUACACAGUAUUUAAUUGAAAUUUACAUCGGAUUAAAUAAGUUUCUGAAGUAUGAAAAUACAAUACAAAAAUUUGAUGUAUAAUUUGGUGGCAUAAUGAAAAUGAUAUGAAAUUAUUCCCUUAGAAAUCUAUUGAUAUAAAAUUAAAAUAAAAUUAAAAAAUUUGGAACACUCAUACAAUUAGGCCUUUCGUCUGCAUUAGCCUCUUCAAUUUUUGUUUUAUGUACAAACACCAGAAACUAAUGUAAACUAAGACUCCAUACGUCAUAUUUAAUUUAUACACCUUUAAGGGUUUUAACAAAGAUUGUAUCCAUGUAAUAGGAUGUAACAAUAUUAUU